AUGGUCCAAUCUCCCCUUGCUGCGACUCGUACGGGUCGACUCUAUUUCCUCGACAUUGGAAUUUCAACAUAUCCGGAACCCAGUGGCCGCAUUCUCACUUGCCAAUCGGAUGGUUCUGAUAUCCGUGAGCUGGUUACCAACAUCAACACUCUGCCCGACGGAAUCGCCAUUGACACGGGUUGCCAGCACAUAUACUGGACGAAUAUGGGAAUCCCUUCCGCUAACGACGGGUCCAUACAACGAUGUGAUUUUUCCGGCAACAACAUCGUGACAAUCAUCCCACAAGGCCAGACACAUACACCGAAGCAGAUGACCAUUGCGCCGAAGUCACAAAAGUUGUACUGGUCAGACCGAGAAGGCAUGAGAGUUAUGAGGGCGAAUAUGGAUGGCAGUGACAUCGAGGUGCUUUACCAGGCUGGCAUCACCAAUACAGACAGCCAGGUUUCGCAGAACUGGUGUGUCGGCAUUGCUGUAGACGAGGAAUCUAAGUCUGUCUUUUGGACGCAGAAAGGACCGUCGAAAGGGAACAAAGGACGCAUUUUUCGAAUGAGUCUCGAAAAGAACGGAGAUAUCCAGAUUCUUCUGGACAAUCUUCCGGAACCCAUCGACUUGGAAUUGGACCACGUUUCUGGGACACUGUACUGGACUGAUCGUGGUGAUCCACCACAUGGCAACACUGUAAAUUCAGUCGCCCUUGCGGAUGUGUCAGCGAACAACUUGCAACCACAGAUCCUGGUUCGCAAGCUUCAUGAAGGGAUUGGACUUGCUUUGGACCUGAAGAAUGGCCGCAUGUUUUUCGGCGAUCUUGGAGGCUCUCUGUACAGUGCCAAUUUGGAUGGGUCCUGCAAGAGCACCAUUUUCCCUGACAUCGGAGGUGCGAUCACAGGGAUAGCCUAUGUUGGAGAGUAG